AAGGCGUCGCUCGUUGAUGACGUCAAAGGUUCAGAGUUCGCAGCGCGAUCGUGUUGACUUGCUAUGCAACUCCCCCACCCCGCCCCGCUGCUAAUGCUUUCCAUUUUGGCUCUCCUUCCACGAGCGAUGUGAUGGCCUUCCUGCGCUUGUUCCUGCGGCGGCAGUUGCCCAUGGCCGCGUCCCAGUUGUCUCGUGUUUUCGCGGGGCUGCCGCGGCCUCCCGGCGGCGCGCUGCCGGCCAUUGCGCGGCGGCAGCUCACGGAGAAGGUGCCGUGGGGGAAGAGCCGGCCAGCGGAACAAAUACCGCAGCAGCAGUACCAGCUCACAGACCUCGACAAGGCGGACGCUCUGAUGUUAAGGAAGUCCCACGAAACAGGUUUCCUGUCAUGGUUUCGUAAUGGUCUGCUGGCGACCGGAAUUGGCGUUAUUGCCUUUGUGCAGAGUGAAGUUGGACGAGAGGCGGCAUAUGCCUUCUUCAUCCUGGGUGGCGCCUGCGUGUCCUUCGGCGGCGCCUCCUACGUGGGCAACCUCGUGGCGCUGCGAAGGCUAAUGCUGCUGUCCGUGCCCGCCGUGCUCAUCCAUGGGGCUGUGGUGGGGAGCGUGGCUCUCUUCUGGUUGUGCGCCGUAUCCCUCUACAUCGGCCGCCUGGAGGUAGAGAUUAUCCACGAGGACGACGAGGAGGGAGAAGAGUGCCAGGAGUGCCGCGAUAGGCGCGAGCACAGAGGCUACCGAGGCCCACCCCACGACAGGAGGCACCACGACACUGAGGACAGCAAGGGGCCCGGAAAGUAGAUGUCUUCCUCUGGCCGGGUGCUUGAAUGCAGGCGGUGUGUAUCAUUAGAUCCCGAGUGUGAGUGGUAAAAGGGCCAACUCCAAACUUUGAACUUAAAUUAUAUGGCCUCCUCUAUACCAGUUACAAUAUCUUCCAGAUCAUCUUCAACACUUUCUACACAACAUUAGGUACACGUGUACAAUCUCAUAAGAUUCAUGAAAAUCUUUUUGUGGAGGGCUGAAAUAAUGUACCAGAAAGCACUUUGGGAUAAGGUACUGUUUGACAUCACUAUACAUAAAAUAAAACACACUAUUACAUGAUUAGCCAUGAUGGUGUCAAAACAAGCAUGCACAGUGGGUAUUAAAUUUCUACACACCUCUAUUUAAAUGCCCGAUUUUUGGGUGUAAAAAAAAGAAAAAAAUGAUACCAAAAUAAAUCAUUCUAAAACUACAACUGAAAGAAAAAAAUAUUUUGAGAGGGGAAGUAAAAACAAAAAUGUUUGCCACCAUUUCAUAACGAUCUAAAAUUGACCCAUAACAUUUAAACUCGUGUUCAAUGUGGAGUCAGCACACACCAACUAUCUUCCAAAGUCCCUCUGACCAAUGCCAAAUAAGCCCCAGCUAUUCGAAUGGGCCUUUCUUGACGUUGAGAAACCUGCUUUUGUAGGAACAUUUGAUUGCUGUUUGGAACUGGACCAGGAACCUACUUCCUCUCUCAGGUCCACCUGAAGCAAACUUACAUUAUUCGUAUGGUGUUUUUUUGAUGGUGAGCUGUGUUGUGUGUGUGCCAAACAUACCUUCUGGAAUUCGUGUCAAAAUUAUCAACCUUGGUUUCCUUAGACUGUCAUAAAAUUUUCAAAUGUGGGGAAAACUGUUCUUGUGUGACAGAGAAGUUGGAAGGAAUGAUGAACAGUUUGAAAUAGCAGUUAGUGGUAGCGCAAAACCUUCAGGCCUGGAGUCCUACAAAGCACCAACCACCCCACACCCCCAAAUAAAGGUCAGGAACCUACUCGAGCAGGCUUCUCAAACUCAUUUUUGUCACGGGCCACAUUGUAGUUACGGUUUCCCUCAGAGGGCCGUUAUGACUAAAACAAUCUUUUAUCGCCUCAUCAUAUUUACACAAGAAAUUUAUAAACUCAUUUUCAAUCCGAGAACGUGUAAUGGAUUUUUGUCAAACAUUGUUCAUAUUUGGUCACACAAAAAUGCUUAUAAUAGCUCGUUAUCAUUUAUGAUAUGUGACAUUUUCAAUUUUUUGUACAGAUUUUCACUAGAAUCAUGGAAGUUGACGUGGAUGAUUUGCCUCUGUGGGCCACGUAAAAUCAUGCGGUGGGCCGGAUCUGGCCCCCGGGCCUUGACUUCGCCACCUGUGUACUAGAACAACUCCAAUUUAUCAGGGGCAAUUUAAGGUGGCAGUUGUGUGCUGACUCCUAUUAACAUGAGUUUCAAUGUGAUUGGUUAAGUCUGAACACAGCCGCAUUCUAGUUAUGAGUGUGUGCACACUUCUGUAACCAUAUCACAUAUUUUUACUUCCCAUCUUAAAAAGGUUUACGAAAGAACUCGAGUUGUACAGGUUAUAAGUCAUAUGGAUGGUGGAAAAAAAGUUAGAAACGGUUUAUUUUUUUACUGUAUUUAAAAAGAAAAACAGGGAAUUUGAACACAGGUGUGUACACGUUCUUGAGCCACUGUAGUUUGUAAAAACUAAAAAAGUAUCCAGUGAGGGUGGUUUUGUUUACCGGGCUUUCCCUGUGAUGUGCGUUUGUGGGUGAGAGAAUGUUUCAGAUUGCUGUUUUGUAGUUGAAAGUGCUAUUUGGCAAAGGCUUACAGUUUUUUUUUCUUUUUUUUUUUUAAUAACAACUGGUUUAGCAUUUUAUUUGGAAACAUCCAUCGCACUUUGGUAAGCCCUCAUUUUUUCCCCCUUUUACUACUGUACUGUAACCUUGAAUCACACUUUGGACAAUACAGUAUGACGCCUCAAUUGGAGUUUGUGGCGGCUGAGGCUCAUUUGUAUUUAUAAUUCACUGGUUGGUGUACGCUCCACCGUCAAUGUUCACGUCAUACAUUGAAAUAAAAGAUAUCAGCCAAA